CCUCCCGGUAUCCCGCGCGCGCUCGUUCCUUCCGGUGCGGCGCCAGCAGUGUGGCGCCAUCGUUGGGGCGUAGGUGCGGCCGCGCGGGUCUUUGUCCAUCCGCGUCCAUCGGGCCCGGACGCCGUAGCCAUGGCCAUCCGCUACCCUAUGGCCGUCGGCCUUAACAAGGGCUACAAGGUGACCAAGAACGUGUCCAAGCCCCGACAGUGUCGCCGCCGCGGGCGCCUGACCAAACACACCAAGUUUGUGCGAGACAUGAUCAGGGAAGUCUGUGGCUUUGCACCCUAUGAGCGACGUGCAAUGGAGUUGCUGAAAGUGUCCAAGGACAAACGUGCUUUGAAGUUCAUCAAGAAACGGGUUGGCACUCACAUUCGGGCCAAGAGGAAGCGGGAGGAACUCAGUAACGUCUUGGCAGCCAUGAGGAAAGCUGCUGCAAAGAAGGAUUGAGUUCCAGAGGCUGCAACACAAUAAAGUCCUUUCUGCCAAAACCAGA